GAUUUCCUGGCCGGUGGCGCACACACGAAGCCUGACCAUUUCCAUUUCUACCCCCAGCUCUUCCUCCCACGCGCCCACCACGACGGCGGGCCGACCACGUUCCCCUCCGCCGCCGCCGGCGCCCUGACCGCCCGCCGUGUCCCCGGCCCGCAGGCCGUCCUCCCCUCCUCCUCCUCCUCCCGCCCUCGCGCUCGCUCCUCCGGUCCGCCCACCAACCUACCAACCCGGGCCCCGAUCCGCGCGGAGGGGGGAGGAAAUGGCGGUGGUCCUCGCGUGGCUCAACGCCAGGGUCGUCGAUCCCCUGCUGCAGGUCAUCCAGAGGGGCGCGGAGCCGAAGCAGCUGGCCUUCUCCGCCGCGCUCGGCGUCACCAUCGGGGUCUUCCCCAUCUGCGGGACCACUGUUAUUAUCGGUGGACUUGCUGUGGCGAUGUUAGGAGCUCGUUGCAAUGCCGUUACUGUCAUGGUUCUCAAUUUAGCUGCUACUCCUCUUGAGCUAAGCUUGAUCAUUCCUUUCUUGCGUUUGGGAGAAGUAGUCACAGGCGGUGAGCACUUCCCCUUGACAUCUGAUGCAUUCAAGAUGGUCCUCACAGGCCACGCCUCAAAGGACGUGCUACUCAGCAUUUUUCAUGCGAUUCUUGGCUGGAUGGUUGCUGCACCGUUUGUGAUGGCUGGGCUGUACACCUUGUCCGUCCCUUGUUUCAAGUACCUAGUCGGCAGGUUCGGCGUCAUCCCAUCGAGCCCCAGGACGCCGAUGAAAGCGGUUUUGCUUUGCCCGAACGAAUCUGAAUCCGAAAUCGGGGUUGCGCCGUUGCUCGUCCACGCCGACUGAUCUUAUGGUGCCAUCAUCUGGACAUCAUCAGCCAUUCUCAUCUGCAUAUGUGUGUCCACAGCCAUUCUCAUCUGCUGGCUCAUGUUAUGUAAACUGUGAUCUACUGUCUGUUGAUACUAUGCUGACUGUAUUGCGCUUAACUGUUAGUACUCCCGCUAGGGAAAGCUCGUGUAUUAUCGCGGAGCUCUAGGCAAAUAUGUACAUAAACAGGUGACAUGUGUUCUGCUAAAAUAUAUCUCUCGUGCGAUGAUACAAUAGUGA